GUAGGGGAGCGAAUAGGAGCACACCCAUAUCAGCAAUUAUCAGCGACAGUAACUAUCUCCAGAUACAGCGGCAGGAAGAGAAACCCUGCAGUCCUCCUGGAACAAAAUCUCCACAUUGGUUUCUUUUGGUGCGCAACUUUUACGAGUAAAACGAGAUCUUUAGAGAAAGUCCUCGCGCUGCCUGGUGCGUGUCUCUGUGUGGAGGGAAUACUUUUUCUGCGCUGUGAUACUGAGGACCGGACUGCUUUAUCACACGACCGUCCUUAUCUGGACAGGAUUUCAAUCAUUUGUUCAAAAAGGCCCAGAUAGAUAAUCCGGCAGCAGGAGAAACAGCUGGGUCUCCUCCAGAGGACUGGUCCCAGCCUGACAAAUUAAAACGAUUUACGCCACAAAGCUGUGAAAAUGUACCAGAGCCUGGCCUUGUCCUCCAACCAGUCCCCUUACGCACACGAUACCGGGAACUACAUGCACCCCUCCGCCAGCUCCCCGGUCUACGUCCCCACCAGCAGAGUCCCAGCCAUGCUGCCCACCCUGCCCUACCUGCAGACCUGCGACUCGGCCCACCAGUCCCACGGCCUCGGCGGGCACCACGGCUGGCCCCAGAGCGCCGCGGACUGCUCGUCCUUUACGCCCAGCAGCCCUCACCCUGCCCCCCACGGCUUCUCGUACUCGCACAGCCCGCCGGUCAGCAGCAGCACGGGCCGGGAGGCCAGCUACCAGAGCCCGCUGGUGCUCGGAAACGGCUCCCGGGCGGACCAGUACGGGGGCACGCUGGUGCGCUCGGUCGGAGGAUCCUACUCCAGCCCGUACGCGUACAUGAGCCCAGAGAUGGCGACCUCCUCCUGGACACCAGGACACUUCGAGAGCGGGAUGAUCAGUCUGCAAGGCCGGCAUGGAGGACUGUCCGGAAGGAGGACCAGUCUGGACCUGAUAGACGACAUGUGCACGGAGGGCCGGGAGUGUGUGAACUGCGGCUCGGUGUCCACCCCGCUGUGGCGCAGAGACGGGACCGGACACUACCUGUGUAACGCAUGCGGACUGUACCACAAGAUGAACGGGAUCAACAGGCCGCUCAUCAAACCGCAGAAACGACUGCAGACCACAUCUCGCCGGGCCGGCCUUUGCUGCACCAACUGCCACACCAGUACCACCACCCUGUGGAGACGCAACGCUGAUGGAGAGCCUGUGUGUAAUGCCUGCGGCCUCUACAUGAAGCUGCACGGGGUGCCCAGACCUCUGGCCAUGAAGAAAGAGAGCAUUCAGACUAGGAAGCGCAAACCCAAGAUGCCCAAGAAUAAAACGUCCACAGGCUCCACUAACUCUGACACCAGCUCCCCAAACUCCCUGUCCGUCUCAGAACAUGCCUCCACCAUCAAGAGCGAACCCAACAUGGCCCCCUCACCCUACGCCGGACAGACCGUCACAUCGGCCUCGCAGGUGGCUUCUCAGUUAGACAGCACAGGAUCAGGACAUGUGGACAUUAAAUACGAGGACUAUCCCUUUACCCCGGUCUCCAUGGCCCCUCAGAACUCCUGGUGCGCUCUGUCCCAAGCAUGAGGACCGCCGUACUGACACCAUCCUGAGCUGUUCCUCUGGAGCUGAGAAGGAACUGUUGAAUGAACAUCACGUCGAGGAUAAAUCAGAACCUGAUGGCUGCAUGUGUUCAGGAACUCUUGCGCUGAAAACCUCCAUCUGAAAUGAUACCAUACUAUAAACUGCAACGCUGGCUCUGUAAGUGACCAUUACAUGGACCAUGCUUUAGCUUCACAAGGACACAGGGUUGCUUCUUACCACAGAAGGCUGUACAAUCCACGAUACACCAACCCAACACUGACCCUGAAAUCACAUCCAACAAAGCAGGACAACAAGAACUACCUAUUCCAAGAGGAAAUCUCCACUGUUGGAGAUACAAAUACAGUACAUAUAUAUAUAUAUAUAUAUAUAUAUGUAUAUAUGCAAAGACAAUCAUGUGGACUGUAAAGAGACAUGGCUUUUUAAAGCUGAUAACUGAUUUUCAUUACGUUUUUGUUGCCGUUGCUGGAAGAUAUUCUCCUCACGGCUUUCUGGGGUGAAUUCAAGAACCUAAUGAUGUUAUUGUCUUCACAGAAAAUAGCUUUUUAUGGCUGUUGAACAUGUCUCAUUACAAGCGGUAGAUGAUUAACUUUUAUAGGCACAUUAUUUAUGUUGAGAUAAGGGCAGUUAAAAGUCGUGGCUGACACUAAAAGCAGCCAGUUAUAUCCCCACUCACUGUCGCAGAACGGCCUGGGAGGGAUUUUAAAAUACAAACUGCAUCGUGUGAUUCAUUUGGAAAUCAGAACGGUCAUUUUCAUUCUGACAAAGUGACUGCAUAUCAGAAGUUUGUCAUUUUACUGCUUUAAUAUUUGACACGAAUGAAAGUGCAAUGACAAUGAAAGGCACAACAAAAAGAGAGUGAAAUGAUUCUUAACAUAAUAAUCAAAUUUUAUCGUCUGUAUUUUGUUAAUAUGUAAGGGAAUUUUAUUAUUAUAUAAUGUUGUAAAGAAUCCUCUGGUUCCCUCUCCUUUUUCAAUGCUCUUUGAAUCUGUUCAGGUUAAUAAACUGAUUAAUAUUUUA